GGUAUAAAGGCGCCCUGGUCCCUGCUUAGCUCAACACACCACUGGAAGCCUCCCCAGCCAUCCAUCCUACUGCGAGCCUGAUUGACCUAAAGCAGCUUCCAUGAUGUCCCAGCAAUACACUCUUCCAGUGACCCUGCCCCCUGCCCUCAGUCAGGAGCCCCUCAAGCCUGUUUCUCCUCCCACUGAUACCCAGCAGGAGCAAGUGAAACAGGCAACUCCGCUGCCUGCUCCAUGCCAGAAGAUGCUCUCAGAGCUCCCAGUGGAGGUCCCCUUGGAGGAUGCGGAGAAACACACAACUCUUGUGAAGGGAGUGCCUGAGCAAGAGUGUGAGCCGCAGCCACAGGAGCCACAGCAGCAGGAACUGCAUGUGGAACAGCAGCAGCAGCAAGAACCACAGGUGCAGGAACUGCAUGUGGAUCAGCAGCAGCAGCAACAAGAGUCACAGGAGCAGGAACUGCAUGUGGAUCAGCAGCAGCAGCAGCAAAAGUCUCAGGAGCAGGAACUGCAUGUGGAUCAGCAGCAGCAGCAACAAGAGUCACAGGAGCAGGAACUGCAUGUGGAUCAGCAGCAGCAGCAAGAGUCACAGGAGCAGGAACUGCAUGUGGAUCAGCAGCAGCAGCAGCAGCAAGAGUCACAGGAGCAGGAACUGCAUGUGGAUCAGCAGCAGCAGCAAGAGUCACAGGAGCAGGAACUGCAUGUGGAUCAGCAGCAGCAGCAGCAGCAAGAGUCACAGGAGCAGGAACUGCAUGUGGAUCAGCAGCAGCAGGAGCUCCAGGUGCAGGAAGUGCAGCAGCAGCAGCAGCAGCAGCAGCAGCAAGAACAGCAGGAGGACCAUCAGAAAGCAGAACACCUGGAGCAGGAGGAAGCACAAAGGGAGCAGCAGCUAAAGGGACAGCUGGAACAGGAGAAGAAGGGCGUGGACCAGCACCUGGAUCAAGAGCUAACAAAGAGAGAUGAACACCUGGAAAAGAAAGGGGAGCAGCUGCUGGAGCAGCAGGAGAAGCCUCUAGAGCCAGCAGAGCAGCAAGAGGGGCAGUUGAAACAGCCUGUGCUUAUUCCAGCUCCUGGCCAGGUCCAGGAGACCCACCCAGUCCAACUGCUGAAGGGAGAAGUUUUGCCCCCUGAGGAAGCAGGACAUAAGUAACCACCUCUGGACAUAAGUAACCACCCCCAGUAUCCCAGAGGUCCCCGGAAAUCCCGCACAAAUGAAGAGAGAGCCAGUGGCCUCACUUACCUCAGGUCCCCAGCCUGGGUGGCCUGCCUCAUCUGUGAACCUGCCUGUCCCUGUCCUUCUGCAUGUCUCUCUGAUAGGGCUUGGGGGAGGGGGAGGGGAGUUAUUGCCCAGCACCCACUCCCAAUGAGCCCAGUCUCAGCCUCAGGUGCCAGAGCCUCUAUACAGGGAGAAAGUGACUAUAGCAACUCUGACUGCAUCCCCAGUGUUAUAGCUGAACCUGUGAGUGUACACAAUAACACAGAAAAUAAAUCCUGGAAAGCCUGGGA